CUCAUCGCCUUAACCAAACGCGGUGAAUGCAGAGCUGACGUGGCGUGCUGUGAGGCGUCGGAUCGUGGGAAGAAAACCACGAUCCGCGUCUCACCGCAUCUAACGGCCACGGUGAAAGCACACUGGCGCGGAUCACUGAUGCAAACAAACACGGGGUAUUCACCGUGUUUGUCUAACGCGGUGAAUACCCCGUGCUGUCCACGUCAGCAACUUCACCGUGUCCAACAAAAACGGUGAAGCCUUCACCGUUUUAGUUUAAAACGGUGAAGGCUUCACCGUUUUUGUUUAAGACGGUGAGGUGUUCACCGUUUUUAACAAACGCGGUGAACCCUUCACCGUUUUAGUUUGAAACGGUGAAUACAUCACCGUUUUAGUUUAAAACGGUGAAGUACUCACCGUGUUCGUCAAACGCGGUGAUGACCUUCACCGCUUUUGUCUAACACGGUGAUGCUCAAACAUGUGUACUUUGGGAAUUUUUUUUAUAACUUAUGUAUUUUGGGAAUUUUUUUUAAGAACUAGUGUACUUUGGGAUUUUUUCCGGGGAUUAGGUAUAGCAGCUCACGCUCGUUUGCGCCUUCCCGCUGGACUAGAGCAAGCUUGCCUUUUUUUUCUUUUUUGAUAGAGGGGAUGGGAAAGUGGACCCAAAAAAAGUCUAACUCAAAAUUUCAUAAGAAAAAAAGACGAGUCCAAAGGCAGGGUAAGAAGGGGUUUAGCUAAUGGAGAUAUUAACUCUUCCAGGAACCAGUUGUCACGACAAAAGUCUCGGGUUCGAACCCCGUUUUCCCCGCCCGAUCAUGCCACAAGAAUGGAAGAAGUCCUCCAUUGAAUUGCAUGGGGUGGGAAAGACUGGUUCAGAAAUGAUAAAUAUAAUCUCCGAUACGGUUUCACAAUCUUUGAAUCCAAGCGACAGAUUUGUUAGUAACUCAAGAAUCUGGCGACCUAAUAAUUCAUCGGCUCCAGAGCACAGACUAGCAGUACCAUAUGGUAGAUUCCCCAAAAGCAUAGGGAUCAAACUGGAACUUUUCUAUCAGUUUCGUCUCGUUUCAAAUCGCCGAACGACUGAACACACAAAGCGCAUUUUUGGUUGUCUAUUGAUUUUUUUGUUUUUUCCUCCAUUGCCGUAGUCCGCUCCUUCUGCUGUGUACUAUGUGUGCCAUAUUGCCCUGGAAGUCUGCAUCUUCGUCCCCACCCUUUCUGUCCUUGUGAUCGAGAAUCCAGUCCUCCCUUGUUCUUUCAGUUACUUCCCUUAAGAAUCCAAUACACCUUUGGUUUCUUCUCCCGCAGCCUUUUGUCUUGCUCUACAGGAUCACUAUAUAGUCUCUGGAUGCUCCUUCUUCUUCUACGUACUGAUGAUAUAUCCCUGUUACUGAUUUUUGUCGUUAGAAGUUUCUGAGAGUGAUAUUUUUUCACUUGGGUCUUUCUUCGUUGGUCAGAUCAAUGGACCGUAAGCAAAAAGUUCGAGGAUUUUCCUGUUCGAUUCACCAGAUUGGGAAUCUGGGACUCCGGCUGUUGUGGAGUUUGGUACACCUACUUAUCAGCAUAGGUUACUUUGUAGCUGCAGCUGCUAAAGCUGUUGAAAGUCGUAUAAUCUCCAGCGGGCUGCUAACUCGUUACGAAGAGCUUAACAUCAGCAAGCUUAAGUACCUGGCGGUUGUGAUAGAGAGUGAUGAUGCUGUUCAAACUUCCAAGAUUGUUCAGCUCUUGAGGUGGCUGGAAGCUAUGGGGGUGAAAAGAAUGUGCCUGUACGAUGCACAAGGAGUUCUUAAGAAAUCGAAAGAUUCAAUAGUGAAGAUGUUGGAUAAUGCAGUUCUCUUGGAGGAACUUGGUGAGAAAGAUUUGAUGGAAAAACCGAAAUGUAUGGCUCUUGAAUUUGCUUCGGUGUCUGAUGGAAAGGAAGGGGUGGUCAAAGCUGCGAACUUGCUCUUUGCUGAGUAUAAGGAACUUGGAAACCGUGAUGAGCAGUUUUUUACUGAAGCUAAAAUCGGGGAGGCGUUAAGAGCUGUAGGUUGCAAGGGGCCAGAACCUGACCUACUAUUGGUUUAUGCACCGGUGAGGUGCCAUCUUGGUUUCCCUGCUUGGAGAACUAGAUACACAGAGAUAGUCCAUAUGGGAUCAUUGAAGUCAAUGAGGCUUGGCUCCUUAACAAAAGCAAUUUACAAGUUCACCAGGGUGCGCCAAAACUACGGGAAAUGAGCGACUGAUGCAAAUGGGGAAUGGACAUUUGCAGCAAAAGACCGAGUCAUGGAUGGUCUGGCAUUGCAGCAAACAACUUGGGUUUUCGAUACACGUGUAUUUUUAUUGGUUAACCAGCUCUCAUAAAUCAGGAUUCGGCUGUACCUAUCAUCUUUGUGUUGUAAUUUAGGAAAAGAUGAGAAGCCUCUUUGCACCCCAUGGUGCCAUUAUUUUGCUUCCUAUAUUUGCUGUAAACUCAUGAACAGCUGGAGGAAAAAAGAAAAAAAGACUUGGGAUGCUCUCUUCAUCUAUUGCCCUGCCUUCUCCUUCUCGUGUGCAAUAAUAAGAGAAAUCAGAAAUAUCGAAAACAAAACUUAAUGUAAGGAAUUAACAAUACAUGCAACUAUAAGUUUCUCAUCUACCAUCGUCAAGGGUUCAGGAACAUAAACUGUUUAAAUGGUA